ACCCCUUCCAGAUGACGUCGGCCACCAAGGUGUACUACAGCCAGACCACGCAGACCGACAGCCGCCCGCUGAUGGGCUCGGGGCUGCGCCGGCGCCGGGUGUUGACCAAGGAUGGCCGCAGCAACGUGCGGAUGGAGCACAUCGCCGACAAGCGCUUCCUGUACCUCAAGGACCUCUGGACCACCUUCAUCGACAUGCAAUGGCGCUACAAGCUCAUCCUCUUCUCUGCCACCUUCGCCGGCACCUGGUUCGCCUUCGGCGUCAUCUGGUACCUGGUGGCCGUGGUCCACGGGGACCUGCUGGAGUUCGACCCGCCGGCCAACCACACGCCGUGCGUCAUGCAGGUGCACACCCUCACCGGCGCCUUCCUCUUCUCCCUGGAGUCCCAGACCACCAUCGGCUACGGCUUCCGCUACAUCAGCGAGGAGUGUCCCCUCGCCAUCGUCCUGCUCAUCACCCAGCUGGUCCUCACCACCAUCAUGGAGAUCUUCAUCACCGGCACCUUCCUGGCCAAGAUCGCCCGGCCCAAGAAACGGGCCGAGACCAUCAAGUUCAGCCAGAACGCGGUGGUGGCCCAGCACAACGGCAAGACCUGCCUGAUGAUCCGCGUGGCCAACAUGCGCAAGAGCCUCCUCAUCGGCUGCCAGGUGACGGGCAAGCUCCUCCAGACCCACCUCACCAAGGAGGGCGAGAGCGUCCGCCUCAACCAGGUCAACGUGGACUUCCAGGUGGACACCUCCUCCGACAGCCCCUUCCUCAUCCUGCCCCUCACCUUCUACCACGUGGUGGACGACACCAGCCCCUUCCGGGACAUGGCCCUCCGGACGGGCGAAGGCGACUUCGAGCUGGUGGUCAUCCUCAGCGGCACCGUGGAGUCCACCAGCGCCACGUGCCAAGUGCGCACCUCCUACCUGCCCGAGGAGAUCCUCUGGGGCUACGAGUUCACCCCGGCCAUCUCCCUCUCGGCCAGCGGCAAGUACGUGGCCGACUUCAGCCUCUUCGACCGGGUGGUGAAGGUGGCGGCGCCCUGUUGCCUCCACGAGACCGUGCGGUUCGGGGACCCCGAGAAGGUGAAGCUGGAGGAGUCCCUGCGGGAGGCGGCCGAGCGGGAGCGGGAGGGGGCCCCCCUCAGCGUGCGCAUCAGCAACGUCUGAGCCCCCGCCGCCACGACAGCGCCGCGGGGGACACCGCGCCCGGGGGUGACACCGGCCCUGGAGGUGACACCGCUGCUGGAGAUGCCACCAAGCCCGGAGAUGUCACCAGCCCUGGAGAUACCACCACUGCUGGAGGUGCCACCAACCCCUGGAGGUGCCACCAAGCCCAGAGAUGUCACCAGCCCUGGAGAUACCACCACUGCUGGAGAUGCCACCAACCCCUGGAGGUGCCACCAACCCCGGAGAUGUCACCAGCCCUGGAGAUACCACCACUGCUGGAGAUGCCACCAACCCCUGGAGGUGCCACCACUGCUGGAAGUACCACCAGCCCUCGGAGGUGCCACCACUGCUGGA